AUGGUUUUAUUCAAAAGUGUUUUAUUUACAAAGGAUAAAAAGCCAAUAAUUCUUAAAAAUCUUAAUCUUGAUAGUUUAAAAAGAAUUAUGCAUCAAAAUGAACAUAACACAGUUAUACUAGAUUGUGCAAAUAGUCGUUUUCUUUUUUAUGAUUAUAAAACACCAGGUUCAAAGAAAUAUAAUUUAUAUGACGUGAAUGUUUUGGAUAAAAGUGAUGAAAUAUUUGACAAGGUGUUGUUAUUAAAAUAUGAUGACAAUGAUAUUCAAAACAAAAUUGAUUUAGCAGAAAAUUUCCGAAGAAAUUGUGUAUUAUCUAUCGUAAAAGAACAAAAUGCACAACAACAGCAAAGUAGUUCAAUAGAAAAAGAUGCAUUAGAUGAUUCUAAUACAGCAACAAUUAAUAGUAUGGAUUUAUUUAUUAUUGAUGAAGAACAACCUCAAACACAUAAAAUAAAUUAUAAUAAAACAAUUCUUGAAUCCGAUGAUAAUGAUUCAAAUAGACCAACAUUUGAUGAUAUUAUUAAAUUAGAUGAUGAAUCAUUAUUCGUUGUAGAUGAAUUAGAAGAUGAUGAAAUUAAUGAUAAUAAUAUGCAUCAACAACAAAUAUUAUUUGAUAUUAAUGAUAAAAAUGAAAAUAAUGAAUCGACUAAUAAUAAUAAAACAAAUAUUUCAAUUAAUAACAAUAUGCUAGAAAGUAAUAAUUCAUGUUUUUUAUCAUCAUCUGAAAAAUUUAUUAUUGACAAGAUAAUGGAUCUUUCGAACAGAUUUAGUUCGUUUGAAAAAAACGUGAAUAGACGAUUGAGCAAUAUGGAAAACAAUAUAAAUCUUAUAUAUGAACGACAAUCAUUACAAUCUUUAUUGUCGUUACUGAACUCCGUCUAUUUAAUAACAUCAGAUAGAUUAGAAACAAGAAGAUUUGAUGCUAAUGAAUCAUAUUUUAUGUUGAAAUUUUUUAAUUUUAUCUCAAAACAACUAAUGAUACAUUAUACAGAUAGAUGGUCAACGUAUGCUGAUAUAAGUAAAAAAAUAAGUCUCAAGCCAAAAUCAAUUGAGAUUAAUUUGUUAGGAUUUGGGAUUAUGGAUAAAUCGCCCAUAAAAAAACUACGUUUAAUUCAAUCGCAAGCAUCUUUAUCUGUUCGUAAUACAAACAACUGCAGAUUAUCAUACGUCAGUCAAUGUAGAAAAAAUUAUGAUAAACCACCGACACACGUUUUAGUCUUUGAAGGAACUACGUCAUCUGUUUAUUUUAACACUGAAUUAUUUAAAGAAAUAAAUUCAUCAUCUUCAUCAACAUCAUCAGACAAAAAAAUAAUAUCCAUGAAAAUGUUAUUAAGAAAAUUAUUACAACUUGAAAGAAUAGUAUUUUUUUUGUCUUUUUAUUAUAAAAUCGAAUUAUCUCAAUUUUUUUCUGGAAUGAUUUGCUUUCAUUUUUAUCAUAAUUCGCAUAUUGAUUCCAAUUUAACGUUAAAAAAUAUUAUGUCUUCAGAAUUUAGUCAAGCUAUACCACUUCUAUUUCGAUUGUAUUUACUUGAUCAAUUCAUUCUGACUUAUUAA